GGGCUACAAUGGCUGAUACAUUUUGUGAUGUGUGGCUGAUACAUAGUGAGGUCCGUGUGAGGACCGAUGUCUGAGUAGCAUAACUGGGCUCUUUAGUUUUGUUAAUCCGCGGAGCAACCGGACGGACGAAAUAUGGAAGAGCAGACGGAGAAGGGAGAAUCAAUGAACCAGUAGCAGCCUUCAACCGGGAAGAAGAGGAAACGACGCCGUCGCGGGAGGAUUUCAUCGGCCGAUUCUCACGAACGCGAAAAAAGCCAAACGGUCGUUGAAGUGGUAGAAUUAGAAAGAGAAGAAGAAAGCAGAGAAUUGAACCAGAACAUGAAGAAGAGGAGGAAGAGACAGAAAUCGCAGCAGACGGUGCCACCGCCUCAACAAUCUUCGUCAUUGGCUUCCCUUGAUUUCGAGACGUCAACGCCUGAGAAGCUAGAAAAUCCCAAGGCGCGGUUGUUGGGUUCUCCGACGGAUGACGAGAAUCAUUCAAAAAACAAGGUCUCCUGCCUUGAUGAGACCGUUGAAGAAGUCGAGGAGAAUGGGAAAGAGGCAGUGGCCCUCGAGGGAGAAAAAUCUGGUUCCCGGAGAAGGAGGAGAAGCAGUGAUGAUGAGAAACAGGAGAAGAAGAAGAAGAAGAGGAGAAAAGGAGGGCGGGUGGUUUCGUCCUAUUUCCAGAAGGCCAAUAAAGGAAAGGAGAUGGAGAUCGAUGAAGUUCUUUGCAAUUCCCAGUGCUUGUCGAUAGAUUCUAAGGUUAGAAAAGAUGGAAAGCUUGAUGAGAAACAAGGUAAGAGGAGCAAGGAUAGGGUGGGGGAACAGAAUUUGCAUAAUCAGAUUGAGGGAGUUGAGGUGUCUUCAUCCGAUUCUUAUAGAACUGUGAAGGUGGAAGAAUUGCAAUUGGAGGAGGAGGUGGAUAAAAUAGAAGAUUCUGCCUACAGGAGGAGGAGAGUGUGUCAUCCUCUGCGCAAAUUUCAGUACUCUCCAACUUCACCUGCUGGAGAAGACAGCAAACUUGACGAGGAGGAAGAGAUUGACUCAACAAGGAGUAGUAGUAACUGGAUGGUUGAUGAGAAUGUCUCUACUGAGGCAGUGAGGGUAACAAUGUUUCCCCCUGAUUCCCAUGCUACAGCGAAAGCAGAAAGGGUGCAACUGGAGGAGAAUAUGGGAAUAGUUGAAGAUUCUCCAUCAAAGAGGAAUUCGAAAGGAGAAAAGAGUCAGAACAGAGCAAACAAAGGAGUUGAAGUGGUUUCCCCUUACUUCCAAACCUCAGGGAUGCAAGAAACAGGGACGAAGGAUAUGGAGGAUUUGAAAAUUAGAACGCCAAAGCUGCGUAAGAAGAUUUGUUCUAAGGUGGCAGUGGUUUCUCCUUACUUCCAUGAUGCUCCCAAAGAAGAAGAGAGUGACUGGUCGGAUGAUGAGAAGAAAUCCAAGAAUCCACUUAGCCUUUCUGCUUCCCAGAGACUGGAUGAAGCAUACAAAAGGAAAACUCCAGAUAACACAUGGAAACCUCCACGGUCGCAUUUUAAACUUCUCCAAGAAGAGCAUGCCCAUGAUCCUUGGAGGGUAGUUGUGAUAUGCAUGCUCCUUAAUCGCACAUCCGGUGUACAGGCUAGAAGAGUAAUAUCAGAUCUCUUUGCACUGUGUCCUGAUGCAAAGGCUGCAACAUUGGUUGCUACUGAAGCAAUAGAAAACGUGAUUCAGACUCUAGGAUUGCAGAAGAAAAGGGCAAUCAUGAUUCAACGAUUCUCUAAGGAGUAUUUAGAGGAAGGCUGGACACAUGUGACCCAGUUGCAUGGUGUUGGGAAGUAUGCAGCUGAUGCUUAUGCAAUAUUCUGUACAGGGAAGUGGGACAGGAUUAGGCCUACUGACCAUAUGCUGAACAAAUACUGGGAUUUUCUUUGGUUAUUAAGAAAAUACUGUGAUACAGACUUAGUGAAUGGAGAAUGAUUUGGUUAUUUGCAGGGUACAUAAAUUUAAGAAUGUAGCUUUCUGUGUUGUUUGAACACUGAGAGAGGUGGAUCUAUAUGAUGUUCUGGUUCCUUGAUGGCUGAACCUUGAACCACAGAAUACAGGAUCCAUGUUUAUAUUCAGAGAUUACAAGAUAUCCAACAUUCACUUUGUUUAUCCAGUUGGGCUUUGGAUGAAAAACUAGUUUGUAUAGUAGCUAUUAGCCUAGCUAUGGACUUCUUGACUGAUGGACCCAUCAAGCGAGAAGUUGACCAACUUUUAAUAUGGGUAUUGGUUCAGUCAUUGGAGCUGUUGAUGAGGCACAUGCAUUUACCUUAGGGUGCCUUAGAAUGCUGAGCUUUCUAUCCAGUCACUGCAGUCGUAUAAGAAUCCCUCUACAACUGAAGGGGGAAAGGAGAAUACGGGUAAACAGUAGAAAUAAGGGGCACAAUAUGUAUCAAAAUGGAGCUAGAACAUAAUCACUUGUUCCUCUGAGAUCCAACAAGAUGCUGUAGCCAUUCUUCAUUUGAUGCCCUGAAAUGUCGAGAUUUGGCAUGUCUAGAUGAUUCACCAAGUGAAUUUGGCACCCCUUUUAUGCAACCUUGGAGGUAUGAUUUUGCUUGCAUGGAGCUAGAUUAUAAGGCUACAUAUUUUACUUAUUAUUUUGCUUAAUGCCAAAUGGCAUUUUGUUUGGCAUCAGCAGUAUGCACCUGUAAUAUUUGCCAUUUCCAAGGGUUUUAUACUUAAUUUAUAUUUUAUUUAUAAUUAUAUUUCUUGAUCUGAUCAAAAGGAGAUUAUAUUUUAACAAUAUUUUUGUAAUUAAUUAUUAGUUGAAUUUAAACAAGUACAAUUUGAUCUUAUCCCCACUAUUCAAUCUCAUCUGAAGGGACCCAAAUGCAUCUUGUUUAGAACCUGAAGCUAUCUUAAGCUACAUUGAGAAAGAGAAUGGUCAACUUCUGUUGCAUGAUCCAAUCAAAGUCAA